AUGAAGUCUCUAAUAAACCCCUUAACUAAAAAGCCAAUAACAUAGAUAGAAUUCAAUUUAAAGAAUACCUUGGUCAACGGCCAAGCAUUUAAUUGGAUAAACAAAGAUGUAACUUAUAACAAAGAGUUUAGAGGGAUUCUAGGUAAAAAUGUAGUAGAUUUUAAAGUUAAUGAAAAUAAUGAAGUAAUGUACAAAGAAAUACCAGAAAAUUCAAAAAUUGAGGAGAUUAUUAAUGAUUACUUGCAAUUAAAUGUAGAUUUAGUCAAGCUUACUGUUGAGUGGUCAGAAAAAGAUAACUAUUAUGCUAAAGUCAAAGAAUAGUUAAAAGGAGUUCGUAUCUUGAGAUAGUUUCCAUUUGAGUGCAUGAUUAGCUUUAUAUGUUCCUAAAACAAUAAUAUUCCAAGAAUUACUAAAAUUUUAAAAAGUUUGAGAUAGAAUUUUGGAGAGGAAAUUUAUAGAGAAAAAUUAGAAGAUGGUAGCGAAGAAAUUUAUUAUAGUUUUCCAUCUGUAGCAUCAUUGAGGAAAGCAACAGAACAAAAUCUCAGAGAUUUGGGAUUGGGUUAUAGAGCUAAUUAUAUUGUCUCAGCAGUUUAGCUACUUGAGGAGAAAGGAGGAGAAGAAUAUUUGCACAAAUUGCGCUAGCUGAAAGAUUCACAUGAGAAAAGAGAAGCCCUGCUUGAAUUCAAAGGAAUAGGAAAUAAAGUAGCAGAUUGUAUAUCUCUCUUUAGCUUAGAUGCAAAAGAUUUAAUCCCUGUAGAUACUCAUGUUUUUCAAAUAUAUAAUAGAGUUUACAAAAAAAAUAAAAACAAAGAUAAAAAAAUGACAAAAGAUCAGUAUUCAGAAAUAGAAAAUUUCUUUAAAGAUCUAUAUGGAGAUUAUGCAGGAUGGGCCCAUCAAGCUAUUUUUGCGGCUGAACUCGUCUCUUUUUAGUCAGAAAUUAACUCAAACGAAAACUCUUCAGUAAAAAAAACAAAAUCAUCAAAAUUACAAGAGGAAAAAGAAUAAGAAAAAGAAUAAACUACAGAGGAGUAAAAAAUUAUUUCUAAAAGUAAAAUUAGCGAAUAAACAUCUUCAGAGAAAAAUAAAAGAAAUUAAAACAAAAAAAUAAAGUGA